ACCAACCACCACAUUUCGCCUCGUUCAUCCUUCCCUCUCCUUUCUUUCUCCUAACCUGCUAGCUUAUAGCCUUUCCAGCUCAAACCAUGCCAUUUUUCGGCGGUCUGUUUGGAAAGAAGGGCAAGCAGCAGAGCACAAACGUUCAGUACGAUGACCAGAUAUCUCCUCAGUCAACAACACCUCCUCCCCCUUUUACCCCUCCUCCUCGUCGACACAAAUCCCCUCAUUCGCCACUCACCCGUCCCUCACCCUCGCCGAAUGGACUUGAUGGCGACGACUCAUCUAGUAACUAUCCUUCUUCUUACCCUAGACGUCUCGAACGGCUACCGGAUAAUCCCUCUCGAAGCGAAAGGCGUGCGGCUGGGAACGGAUUACCUAGUAGACCUUCACUCAAUGUGACAACAUUACAUACUCCAGAUCGACAAUCUUCCGGAAAGCCGUCGCCUCGCGGUGUUCAACAACGGACAACAUCACCUUCGUUACCUCAUCUCGCCUCCUCGGAUUCGCUACGACCACCUCCUUCACGAUCCGCUGUCUUUGGAGGUUAUGCCUAUAGUGAUAGUGAUGAUAGUGAUGGUUUAUUGAGGGUCACAUCAUCACAAUCGCUCCCUGAUGCUAUCCCGUCCCAUUCCGGAUCACCACCCAAAACUCCUUCCGGUGCAAUAACGCGUUCGGAACGUGGCCUCACGCAUCAAAGGGCAAGGAGCUCGACAGAAGGAAGUCAGAAUUCAUUCAAGUCUACUCGAAGCAAAUCUAAAAUAUUCGGGUGGUUCAAAUCAUCCAAAUCUAAAUCCAAUUCCAGGGAGGGUCGUAAUGGUGGUGCCGAGGGAAGCUCGGAAAACACAUCGUCUUCAUCUCAACAAUCUGGUUCGGCCAUCCCGCCCGUUCCCCGGACACGGUUGCUCGCCUCCGGGGGAUCUCUGACAGUGAAAGGAUUCAGACAAGUUCGACCUGUAUCACCGGGUCCUUCCAAACCCAUCACCACAUCAUCUUCUCACCCACUCUCGACAACCACCAACUUGUCACCAUCACGAACGUCCCUUGAUGCAGCACUGCCUCCAAUCGGUCGACCACGGGGUGAUAGCGUCGGUUCAGAAUCGUCACAAAGGGUUACCGUUGCAGCCUUCCGUCAGGCACAAGCCAGACGAAGCUCUGUUCAUAUGAAUGGUUCGCCGAUCCUAGGGCCCGCGGGGGAUGAACCUCCGUUACCUAAUCGGACGUCUUUUACGUUGGAUGCGGAUGCGUCUUCGUUGAUGUCUGCUGCGACGUCUUUGUGGCUGGGAUGGGAUUUGGGGCAACAGCAACAACAACAGCAGCAGCAACCUUCUUCGCCUGUGGGCCCAGGGUUGAGGUUAUCCACGGCUGGGGGUGGGGCGGAUAACAAGUCUUUUGUUACGUUUGCAUCGAAUAAUGGCCCUCGACGGUCGUCGUUUGCUCAGGAUGAUAGCAAGGAUGGAAGUCCCGAUCAUCAUCACCACCACCACCAUCGCAGCAACAACACCAGCCCCACCAAAAACAGUGGUGAUAACAGCCUUAUCAGUAAUGCCAAGAGUUCAUUCAGUCGUUCCGAGUCGAAUCUUGGGAGACAGGAUACGAUCACUGCGAAGAAUCCAGGACCGUUGUCGAAAUCAGCCUUUUAUCAAAAAUCGCGUUCCCAACCUUCGAGUCCUGUUGUUCAAUCUCCUCCUUCACCCACUCGACCUAUGCGAAGUGCUGCCCGGCCUCCGCCAAGUGCUUCUGUUUUGCUUGGAGCUUCUGCUUCGGCUAUUGCUCAGCCCCGACAAUCGUCCGUAUCGACGGUGACUAGCACGGGUACGGUCACGGUCACAGGUACAGGAACCGGCAUUAAACCGUUCAAGGCGUCUCACUCUCGUGGUGAGUCUGGGUCGACUGUGACGGACCGCAGUACGAGUCAUGUAGGCGAACAGGCGAGGGCAUCUAGCUCGCUAGCGAGUUAUGGUCGAUCCCAAGGGUCCAAGUCCACGCCUAUUCUUGGUGCCUCGUCCCCGGAAGGUGCUGGUGCUGGUGCUAGCGGUGGUAGGAGGCAGAGUGGGAAGGGUGGGAAAGGGAAGGUGACGCAGCCUAGUUCUGGCGCUGCGAGACGUGCUGUUUCUAUGUUUGCGGACCAAAGUGAGACGAGUGAUGAGGAGGAGUCGGAGGCUGAUAGGUGAUGAGGAUGCACCGUUGUCGAGUCUUACGGGGCUUAAGAGACCUGGGACGUCGAUGUCUACUUUGAGCGUGUCUACGUCUGUGACGAGAUUAACUGCUUCUGGUGUUGGUAGCGGUGGUGGUGGGUUAGCACCUUCACCUUCGCGCAAGAAAGGUGUAGCUGGAUCUGCUGGCGGCGCGGCCAAUCGACCCCCUUCCUCUGUGCUCAAGCCCGCAACGAGACGGUCUUUUUCUACUCCUGCUGGAAAUCAUAUCCCUUCAUCAUCCAAAUCCGAUGUGGGU